AUGAUUGUAGAAUUGUUUAUAUCACGUUUACUCUAGGUUUUUAUAACAAUCUUAUCUUAUAAUUAAAUACAAUACACUUAAAUUAUUUUCAUAAAAUUUUUAAUCCAAAAUAUACAUCGGCCCAGAGUUAUAAUAUGACAACCGGCCCACCGGGAACUUUCCCGGUAUCCCGGUGGGCCAAUCCGCCGCUGAGUCUACAGCUAGAGACUUGUGAUAAUGAUAUUAUACAUGAAAGCAGUUCAAUUAUUAAUCCAACUGACCAAAUAGUUGGUGGUCAGCAUUUUAAUACUACGGAGACUUGUGAUAAUGAUACUAUACAUGAAAGCAGUUCAAUUAUUAAUCCAACUGACCAAAUAGUUGGUGGUCAGCAUUUUAAUACUACGGAGACUUGUGAUAAUGAUACUAUACAUGAAAGCAGUUCAAUUAUUAAUUCAAAUUCAACAGACCAAAUAGUUGGUUGUCAACAUAUUCCAAGUGCUGAGGAAUCAGAAACUCGUGGUAUAUUUGAUUCACUGGAAAAUGAUCCAGCUAAUUAUAUAAAAAUUCAGAAAUGGACACCGGAGUUAAAAAAUUUGAUUUUAAUGCGUGGUGCUUAUCAACCAAAUGAAAAUGACUUACCUAAUGGUGAAUACCCUAAAGAUUCUAACAAUAAACGAAGUUUUCAUUCAUCGUGGUAUUUUAGAAAAUUAUUAGAUAUGACAUACAUUAAGCGGGACUGGCUCACCUAUUCACUAAAAUUGAACAAAGUGUUCUGUCUUUAUUGUAUCUUAUAUGGAAAUAGUGAAAACAGUUCUUGGACAACAUAUGGUUAUAGUUAUUGGAAAAAUGGAUUAAUGGCAAUAGUGAAACAUGAAACUUCAUCAGCACACGUAAUGUCUUCUUUAAAAAUUAAACUUAAAGAAAGUUGCUUACCUCUUGUACCAUCGAUCAUUGAAGAAAGAAAUCGUCAAGUUGCAUUCAAUCGAGAAGUAGUCAAACAAUUAAUUGAAAUAACUAUAUUCUUAGCAAGACAUAAUCUUUCAUUUCGUGGCCACCAUGAGAGCUGGGAAAGUGAUAUAAAAGGCAAUUUUAAAGACAUAGUCAUCUUGUUGGCUCAUCAUUCACCAGUGUUAUCAGUGCAUAUUAAUCAAUUGAAGUCUAAAGGAAGAAAAGAAAGUUCUUUUAUAACAUGGGAUAGACAAAACUUAUUGAUUGAAUCUAUUGCCGAGUAUAUUUUAAGUGUAAUAAAAACACAAAUAAUGUCUGCUCAGUAUUUUAGUAUUUGUAUAGAUUCAACUUUCGAUGUAUCCCAUAAAGAACAGCUAUCUUUUAUUGUGCGAUACUUAUUUCAUGAUAAAAUUCAUGAAAGACUAAUAGCAUUGACUGAAUCUCCUUGUACUACUGGCGAAGCACUUUUUGAUCAAUUUAAAUUAGUAAUGGAAAAAUCUAAUUUAGAUUGGAAAAAUAAACUUGUUGGACAAUCAUACGAUGGGGCAGCAAAUAUGAGAGGUUCGUAUAGUGGGCUACAAUCUCGAAUCAUUGAUAUAAAUCCAAAGGCUUUAUAGUUUAUAUGUAUGGUGCUAUGCUCAUCGACUCAAUUUAGUAGUGUUAGCAGCAGUAGGUUCUUGCAAAGAAGCAGCUAAUUUAUUUGGAAAUUUAGAGAAGUUAUACAAUUUCAUUAGUUGUAGCAAAAUAAGAUCUGAUUUAUACAGAAAAAAACAACAAGAAAUAUAUCCUAAAAACCAAAUUCGAUCUAUUUAAAGAGUUGGAACUACGAGAUGGAUGUCCACAUCUUUUGCUUUACAUACAGUACUAGAAACAUUGGAAUCCAUUUUAGAUUUAUUUAGUGAAAUUAAAACACAUGACGGAGUAUCCGAUUUCAAAACCAGUAGUGAGUGUAAUGGAUUACUCAAUUACUUUCAAUCCUCUGAGUUUAUAUUAACUGCGUUUAUUUUCAUACGUAUUUUUGAUAUCAUUGAACAUUUGAGCAAAAUAUUUCAAUCUCGAGAUUUAGAUGUGUUAACAGCAGUCAAUUUGUUGAAUAAGGCAGAAUCAAAAUUAUCUUUACUUCGUUCAGAUGAAGAGUUUGCUGUUAUUUUUGGUAAUGCAAAGAGUUAUUCUGAGGAGCACUUUGGGGAUUUCAUAUUAUGUAAGACGCAAUCUAACAGACAUCGUAAAAGGAAAGUUCCACGCCGGUCUGGUGAAUUAGCUGAAGAUGAGCCCAUUGAUAAUGUUGAACAGUAUUUUAAAAUAUCUGUAUUUUUUAAAACUAUAGACAUUAUCCUUCAACAAAUUCAUGACAAGUUUACUGCAAAAACCAUAUCUGUUAUGAAAGACAUAGGUCUUUUGUCUUUAAGAAGAAUGAGAGAGAUAACCAAAGUUCCUAAAGAUGCUUUCAAAAAAAUUUGUGAAAUCUAUGAAUUAAACCAGGAAAGUGUGAAAAAUGAAUACAUACUGUUUAAAAAUAUACUUAAAGAUUUAGAUGUACAUUUAUUAACAGAAUUGCCCAAAAAGUUACACGAUGAUUCUGAUUCUAAAGAUGAUUCUGACGAUGAUGCAGAUGAAAUUCAAGAGAAAGGUGAUUUUAAAAAUUUGGGAAGUUUAAUACAAAUAUUUAAAAUUAUAAAAGCAGCUAAUUUAAAACCAGAAUUUGAAAAUUUGUUUGAAAUAAUAAAAUUAAGUUUAACAUUACCUACUUCAAGUUGUACUGUUGAAAGAUCUUUUUCAAAAUUAAAGAUAAUUAAAUCACGUCUAAGAUCUACAAUGCAGCAGAACAGACUAGAGAAUCUAAUGGUGAUUUCAUGUGAACAUGACAUAGACAUUGAUGUUUCCAAGAUCAUUGAUAUAUUUGCCACAAAAACUACAAUAUUAAGAAAAUUAUUAUUAUCAUAAGUUUUCAACAUAAACCAAAAAAUGUUAAAAGUAUGGUUGGAAUAUGUAAAUGGAUUAAUUAUAAUAUUAACUACAAUAUUAUAUAUAUAUUUUUAAAUUACUCUAUAGUUUUCAGCAGCAUUAUUAUGUAACAAUAACUACUUAUUAAAUAUUUAAAACUAGAAAUUAUGUAAUAAAAUAACUUAAGUUUUUAAGGACCGCAGUUUCCCUGUUUCUCCUUAAAAAAUAUAUUAAUUUAAAAAACUAGACUUUAUAUAGGUUAUAUUAUAUUUAUAAAUAUUAAAUACAUUUAUAAGUUUUACAAAGACAAUACCUUUGACCUGCCGUGUAUAUAACAUGUUAUAGUAGUAUAAUAGAAUUAUACUGAAGAGUUCAGCACAAAGGUAUCGAUAUCUUAGUACAAAAAAUCAUUUGAGGCCGAACACGUAAAUUGUGGCCGUUGAAUUUUGAUUUCGCCUAACCAUUAUUUUCAAAGUUCGGCGCCACUGGUGAUGAUUAAUAACCCCCUUCAGGUGCCGCAAAAGGGUUGAAUAUUGAUAAAUAUGGUAGUUUUAGGGUUUUUAAAUGCUAAAAUUAUUAUCUAAACUCAUUUUUUUAAAAUAAUUUCAUGAAGUAAUUUAAAGAGACUACUCCGAAAUGGUCCCACGCUAAAACGGCACAACGCCAAAAUGGCCACGCCGAAAUGUCCGGAUCCGAAAAUAUUUACAGUAAUUGAAUAAGUAUUUAUAUAAAGUUAUUUAAAAACUAAAAAUAUUAGAAGAAAUAGAUUAUAAUAAUAAAAUAUAUAAUUUUAUUCCUAGUAAUUUUUUAAAAAGAGCAGAGGUUUAUAUAUUGAACUAUAACAUACUUAAUAUCAUACUGCAUAUUUUAAUUAAAAAAAAUAAUAAAAUAAAAAAGACUUAAUGUGCAAUUGUAUUCAAAGACUUAAAUAAUUUAUAAAUGUAGUGGAUUACUGAUUUAAAUAUUUUGAAAAAUAAAUUUACAAUACAACAUUGAAAAAUACCUAUUUGUUUUAAGGUUCUUCUUGGAGAAAUUAAUAUUUUUAUAAUAUUUUUAUUCAUUAAAAAUUAUAAGAAAACAUUUUUUAUGUUUUAUUAUAGGCAACUGCAUUUUACAUAGGUACAUAAUAUAUGUAUUGUACAUAAUACUGUGGCGGCCCACAAAUACAUUUUUUUUAUAUCAUUAACUGCGGUAACACCUCAGCCACCGUCAGCUGUGCACCCCUACUCCCUUUUUGGGGUCGUUAUAAAUACAGUCGAUUACGGCACCGAGGUGUUAUCAUUUUUUCUUAUCAGUGUUAUCACAUAAUCUUAUAGUAUCACCCAUAUUAAAUAUUAUAAUAUUAUUAUAUUAUAUUCAAUUAUAAUUUGGUAAUUAACUCAAUAAAGUAUAAUAAUAAUUAUUAAUUAAUAAGUAAUCGACUGUAUUUAUAACGACCCUACUUUUUGUAUAACUAUCGCAGGCGCCGAUCGUUGCCUGCCUCCAUGGAUUUUCCUCCAUCCAUCUUUUCGCUCACUUUUUCUUACGAACGUCUUACUAUUCGCAUACUCAUUUUUAUAUUUUUCUGCCGUCUAUUAUUUUUCCAUUUAUUUAUUUUUAUUUUUGUAAUAAAACUAUGAUAAACACAUUUCUUUAAUCUAACUUGUGUUGUGUCAUUAAUAUUUUGCAAUAUUGGUAUUAAUAAACGUCUCGUAACCAAAUUGGUGACCUCUCAUAUUUUGUUAGACCUUCCACGUCUGUUCAACUAUUUUUACCGCCAGUCGUUGUGCAAGAUUGGGGAGACGUUUGAUCGCUCGGCACCACCAACGCGAGUACCGAUAAUACGAACGCGAGUGCGAAUAGGAACGUCGCGAGUGUGAACUCGAACAUCGCGGGUAUGAAUUAAAACGUCGGUGAUUUUCUUUGACCUCUCGCGCCUACCAACUCAUCGACAAUAAUGCCGUUAGACAUAAAUGCAUUCACAUCCGUACGACUAUCCGAAUCUUAGCGUCAUUCGCCACAGCAGUGGCUUACACACGCGGAAGCAAUUUUCCACAACAAACGCGUUAGGUCCGAUCUGUCACGCGUGAAUCAUGUUCUCGCCGCGCUUGACGAAGACGGCAUUCACACUUUUGGAGACUUACUAGGUUCUAACAUUCAAUAUUCCGCCGUCAAAAGCCGGCUAGUUACCGCGUACGACGUUCCACAAGCCACUAGGUUUCGUUCGAUCGUUCAACACGGAAAAGCAUGGGUGACCGACGUCCUUCUCAGAUGUUGCGUGACAUGCGUAGCGCGUUACCGAGCGGAAUCGGCUAUACAUAGGUAUUAUAUUAUAUUAUACAUAUGUGCACUUAUAGCGUUUUGAUAAACGAUUAGAAAAUGACUAAAUAGAUUGAUAGAAUAAAUUAUUCAACAUAACUUUACAAUAAAAUAAAGAUGUUUAAUGUAAAUGAACGUUUUAAUAAUAAUCUACCGUAGUGUUAUCUAAUAAAAUAUCAUAUCAAGCUGAAAUAAAAAAAAUAAUAGUUGCAUUAUGUGAAUGAAACUAUUAGCCACUCGUGUUAUUCAAGGAAUCAAUAAAUAUUUAUAAUUAAACAAUUUGUUUUAUAUUAAUCAUUGAUCAUUGUAUUAAUAUAUUAUUAACAAUUUAUUAUAUCGACAUAUACCUAACUUGUGUUCAUAAAACGAUCGCACUACUAUUAAAUAUACGAUGUCUAAAAAUCAUUCAUUUAAAAUGUUGCUUAAAGGUUGUGAUGAAACAGAAUCGACUAAACAGUUCUCAAUCAAGACAAUCUAACGCCGUCACAGGAUAAAGAUCGCUCGUUAUCAAUUGCAUAUUAUAUUAAAAACAGAAGUGGAUGUAUUCCUAAUGCACUAGACGUUGACUAUCUUAUGAAUGAAACAAAAUCAAAUAAAGCAAUUACUAACAUUUGUUGAUGGCCAUUGCAAAGACCAGUAGCACCGGAAACUGAAAACGUUUGAAUUCGAAAGGCAUAUGUUGGAAUCAUUGGGAUGUGUGGUAACAUUAAAUCUUCGCCUUUAAACUUUCCGUUUGAAAUUGUAGCUUCAAUAAUGUUGUUCAUCAACUUUUUCACUGAAAGCCUGGUACCGUUGAAGAAACUUAGUGGAUUGAUAUUCCGUAAGAGAAUGAUGGGCACAUAAAUUUUCAAUGUUAGAACGCGCGGUGGCAAAUCAAGUGAAUUCAGUUGGAUAUUUCAAUAAUUAUUGAUAACUUCGUCUUGAUUCAUUACGUUAUCAUUUGCUACUUGAUUUUAUGUUCUGUUUUCUAACAGUCUCAAUGCUUGUUGUAAUUCAUUUAUUUUUAUUGUGUUGAUUUUGUUUUUAUAAUCGAUGUUCCCUCCUUUGCCGAUUCCAUAUUUGAUCUUGUUACUAAAUGAUAUAAGAUACAUUAUAUCACAUGAUUAUUUGUUUUAUUUUACUAAAUUAAUUAUCUUUAAGUUAUUUUUUCAUAUAAAUGAUAAAUUUAAUGAAGUUACUUGGACGGCAUGUUUUUCUUUUUUCUUUCUUCUAAUAAAUCGUAAAUAUCAUUUUGGUAUACUUACCCAGCUAAAUCCACUAGAUUAAAUUUAAUUUCUGGACCUUCUUGUUCUAUUUUAAAUUUAAUUGUACAUAUACAAUGGGACCGACUUGAUUUGAUAUUGGAUGAUGUACAUGCGAUUUUUU